GGCGGAGCUUUGUAUAAAGCGUCUGCUCUCUGAGACAACUUCCGUUGACUGCAUCUUUCAUUUUCAUCAUCAUUAUCACUGUCGCCAGUGAUCCAUCCUGACACGGCAACAUGCCCAGCAAGAGGAAGAAGAAUCAGCGUCGCAUGAGGAGAGUGCAGAAGGAACGACAAGCUCUAGAGGAAAAAAACAGCUGCAGCUCGCCAGCAAAACCCUCGCCCGCGGUCGCCCCCAAAGAACCAAAGAAGACGAACAAAGGGGGCGCCAAGGUCCAACCUGAAGUGGCGAAGCGAGCACCGGCCCAGGUUCGGCCGGCGGUCCCAGAGCCGGUUCCCUCUGAUAAGGCGCUUGGAGAAGCCACUCCAGAACCACAACCAGCAAGUCAGAUCAAAUGCAAAGUCUUGGCACUGGAACCUGCAGCAGACGCAAGUCAGCCCUUUUCUGCAGCUGAACCAAAACCAGCUGCAGGACAGAAAGUAGAACCCAAAUCAACUCAGGAAGUAGUCUCCGCUGCACCAGAAUCAAAAACCGUAACUGAGGAAAUAAACCCAGUAGAGCAAGUUGUCACUCGUGUACCAGAAUUGGUCAGUUGCACCUUUAACUCACAACCAAUUACUGAAACAGGACCGGCCGCUAAAGUGGAACCAAAAUCUGGAGAGCAGGUUGGUGCUAGUGUGCCACAAACGCUUAGUUGCACACUCAACUCAGAAAAAGUCAUUAACGCAGAACCGGCCCUUAGGGCGGAAUCAGAUAUGGUCAAGCAGGUUGUGGCUAGUGUAUCAGAGCUAGACCCAAAACCAGAACAAGUGGCGAUCCAAAAGAUGUCAGAGGAGGUCAUCUGUUGCACCUUCGCCCCACAACCGGUAGUCGAAGCAAAACUGGCCCUAAAGGUAGAAUCGGAGUCGAUAGACCAUGUUAUCGCCAGUGUACCAAAACUCAUCGGUUGCACCUCUGACUCAGAAUCGUUAAAGCCUUCUGGUGUAUCAGAACAAACGGAAGCCAGGGAGAUCCCUGAACCAGGACUCAAGAAGAGCCCUAAACCAGAACCAGUUGCUGGAGGACAACAGACAGCAGAACAGGUCUUCGGCUGCUCCCUCGACCCAGAACCCGUUGUUGAACCAGAGGAGGACCGUGUCCCGGUACCAAAACCAGCGGUUGUUGCUCGCAUACCUCAACCAGAACCAGAACCAAAGGCGGAAGCAAAACCUGUUGCUGUCAAUGCAGAAACAGAACUUGUUGAAAUCCACGAGGAUGCUGCCCCCUCCACUCAAUGUCCCUCGGAAGAGAGCAACAUAGCGUCUCAUCAGAUGCAGCUGGAAUCAACAAUGAAUGGUCACCUACUUCCAAAGGUCUCCAAAGAAGGAUAGUCCUGAUGCCACAUGGUCAUUUGGUGGCCUGGAAGACUUACUGCGGGUGAACCAGAUGACGAUUGUUUUGUUUUAUAUUUGGGGAUUAGAGCAGGAAAUUGAGGGGACAUCCCAUUUUUAAGUGCCUGUCCGGUCUCCACAGAACAUCCCCCGUUUCUGCACGCUCGCUCUAAGCCACUUCAAGUCAAGGCCCAGCCAGCCAAGUGGAACCACCUUGUGGAUCUUUUGGCAUGCUAAUCGAGCACUGCGGAAGAAAAACAUGCUACUCUGGUCUGUCCUCUGAAAACUCUGAGGGACGUUCAAGCCUGGCGUCCACCGAGCAGUGCAGUUUCGUACACUCAUCAUUUUGGGGUCUUUAACUGUGACAAAGGGUUUAAAAAAAAAAAAAAACGAGGCCUGGUCAUGAUUUGCCGUGUGCCGAUCGCAAUCAGACGGCUUGGUGGAAGCGAAGCUUACUUGGAUCACUUUGACUCGAGAACAUCCCAUUUCUGUUCUGUUGCUUCCACAUUUUUUUCUUCUUCUUGUAUCACGUGAUGGGCUCUGUUCUUUAGGGUGAGGCGCUGAGUGCACCCGAGCACCACAUUUGCUGGGGAUUGGUUUUUCAACCUUUCA